AUGCUGCUGCCGGGCAACGAAACGGGCUACGUCUGGACAGAGUUAUUAAACACCGGCAACCUGACGGCGUGUGCCGGUGAAGAAGACCACGGUGGUCCGGAGGCGGUGAUUGUUCCGGUGAUUUUUGGAUGUAUAUUUUUCCUGGGUGUCGUCGGGAACUCUCUAGUGAUGAUAGUAAUCGGGAAAAUCAAGGUCCGGCGCAACAGAAGUACGACAAACAUUUUCAUCCUCAAUUUAAGUAUCGCGGAUCUAUUGUUUUUGCUCUUUUGUGUCCCGUUCCAGGCUACUAUAUACUCCCUACCUGAGUGGAUAUUUGGAGCCUUUUUAUGUAAAUGUGUUCACUAUUUAGUGAUGGUGUGUAUGCUGGUGAGCAUCUUCACGCUUGUUGCCAUGUCAGUGGACAGGUACAUAGCUGUUGUACACUCCAAAAAGUCCCCCUGCAUUCGCAACAGGAGGAAUGCCCUCAUAGGGGUCUGUGUUAUUUGGGCACUGUCGUUCAUAUUCUCUAUACCAGUGGCGCAACACCAGAUACUUACUGACCACCCGGAAGCGCCGAACAGUUCGUUCUGCUGGGAAGCGUGGUACGCAAGCGCUUCCAAACACACCUACAAAGUCACUAUUUUAGUCAUUGGCUAUCUGUUGCCGUUGGGGUUGAUCAUAUGCUGCUAUGGGAAGAUAGCAACGCUGUUAUUUCUUAAACUCCUGGAACGUCUGGACGAGGACGCCGCGGCGGUGUGA